UGUCAUUGAUACAGCUGGUGUCAUUGUUACCUUCCAUUAACAGAUCACUUGACACCUGCCUGCCCAGGUGGGGCUGGGCCUGGGCAUUGCCCUUCGGAGCUGGAGGCUUUGACCCUCCUCGUCAUCCCAGAACCCCAGGGGAGGCACAGACACAGGCACCGCUGAGAUGUGGUGCUUGGUGGCCGAACAGCAGGACUAGACUGCUCCUGGGGCUUGCUCUCCUUUUCGGAGGCCCAGCUGCCCCUUUGCUUUCUGCUGCCUGGUCCUCCUGCUGUCCUGGGCAUAGGAGGUGAGUCUGUUGCUGGCUGGGAGCUGGUGCGGAGUGAUGAUGCUGCACAGGGAAGAGGUACCAGGAGCGGCCUUGGAGUGAGGAGCCCAGCGUGGGGAGCAGCCUGAGGUGUGCCCCUGGCCGGGCUUCCCUGACUGGCUGCCCUUCUGGUGUGUACGUCCCAGGUGGCAUCAUGCUGCAGCAGAUCCUGCGUGACAUGUACAUUGACCCUGAGCUCCUUGCAGAGCUCAGUGAUGUGCAGAAGCACAUCCUCUUUUACAAGAUGCGGGAGGAGCAGCUGAGGCGCUGGAGGGAGCGUGAAGCUUGGGAGGCCCUGGCCCAGGCAGAGGGCUUCAAACCUCCGAAAGUCAAGCAAGCAAGUGACAAGCAUAUCCAGUGGCUCCUGGGGGCGGAUGGCGAAGUCUGGGUCUGGAUCAUGGGAGAGGGCCCUGGCGACAGGCCCUAUGAAGAGAUCUCAGAGGAGCUGAUCGCAGAGAGGGCGCGGCUACAAGCACAGAGGGAGGCUGAGGAGCUCUGGAGACAGAAGGAGGCAGAGAUCACCAAGAAGUUUCGGGAUGCUCUGGCCAAUGAGAAAGCCCGCAUUCUCGCGGAGAAGUGGAAGGUGGAGAUGGAGGACCGCAAGGCAGCCAAAGUCCUGGAGGAGCGCAUCCAUGAGGAAUUCAAGAGGAAAGAGGAAGAAGAGAGGAAGAGGGGAGAAGAGCAGAUUCGCCUCCAGGAAGAGCAGAGGGCGAAGGAACUCUACUGGAGCCUGAAGCAGGCCCAGCUGCAGAGCCAAGCCAGCGAGAAGGAGGAACGCGAGUGGGAAGAGCAGCUGCGCAGGUCCAAGGAGGCUGACGAGGAGAGGAGCCGCCGAGCCCAGCGCGCCCGCGACGAGUACCGGCGCCACUCGCUCCGCGCCAUCCAGAAGGGCACGGUCGCCGGCCUCAGCUCCAGGUUCCGAGAGCUUGGCCAGAGCCAUGAGCAGGAGGCCAGACUCUACCACCACCUGCCAGGCCAGGGGCCGCUGCCACCCCUCGCCGUGCCUGUCGGCAGGACUUGGGAGCGCCCACUGCGUCCUGUCUCCAGAGAAGUCACAGUCCGCUGGUUUAAGGAGGAGCAGCUGCCUCGCCGAGCUGGCUUUGAGAGGAACACCAAAUCCAUUGCCCCCUGGUUCCAUGGAAUUAUUAGCCGAGAAGAUGCAGAAGGUCUCCUUGAGAACAUGACUGAGGGAGCAUUUCUGGUCCGGGUCAGUGAGAAAAUCUGGGGUUACACCCUCUCCUACCGCCUGCAGAAAGGGUUCAAGCACUUUCUUGUGGAUGCCUCUGGGGAUUUUUACAGCUUCCUGGGCGUGGACCCCAACCGCCAUGCAACACUCACUGAUCUCAUUGACUUCCACAAGGAGGAAAUUAUCACUGUUUCAGGGGGAGAGUUGCUGCAGGAACCCUGUGGACAGAGGGACAGCCCGCCAGACUACCAUCUGUUGUUUGAAUGAUUUUUUUCCCUUACCAGUUGGACUCCUUUGGGCAUCCUUUUUUUUUGAACUCAAGAAUGUCCCAGCUCAAAUCCUUGUGGCCUUCUGGAAGACCCAUUGCCAUUGCUAGGGUUAAGUAGAUUAGAAUGUCUAAAGGGAUGUGAAAUAUAUAGCACGUGUGCUACUGGUCCCCAUCCCCGAGCCCGGGACAGAAAUUGCUAAUAGUUCAUGCAACUCUCUCAUGAGGAGUUCAGAUUUGACCUCAGAAGAUGAAGCCUGUUAGUCACGGCUGCCCUAAGCUGAGCCCCUGGAGCCCACGGAUCAUGUUUUAAUAAUCCAAAAAAUUCUUGUGCCGAACUCUGAAUUUAACACAUGGUAGACAUUCAAUAAAUGUUUGUUGAAUGAAUACACUUCUUUUGAAAAGUCUUCCAAUACUG